AUGUACCUGCUGGCGGUUCUGCACCUUUUCUUGUGUUUUUCUGCGGUCCCGGUGAACGGGGCGGACAACGGGAGCAGCAAAGCCCGGAGCUGCACCGAGCUGCGGCAGUUCUACACGGGGAAGGGGUUCACGCUGACCGGGGUACCCCAGACGGAAAUAUCCGGUGAACAUUUGAGGAUGUGUCCCCAGGGUCCUACCUGCUGUACCAGCACUAUGGAGGAGAACCUGGCGAGCCUCAGCGUCAAAGACACGGAGGGUCUGAUCAGAGAGGCUGGGAGGUCGCUGCAGGCCGCGCUCACCGCGCUGCACAGAAGCUUCGACACCUACUUUACAGACCUCCACGGUCGUUCCGAGCGUUCCCUCCAGGAGGCGCUCUCUCCCCUCGGUCCCCUGUACUCGCAGAACACCCGUCUCUACACUGAGCUGUACGGCGACCUGCGGCGCUACUACCGCGGCUCCGCCCUCUGCCUGGAUGAGACUAUAACGGAGUUCUGGUCCCGCCUCUUCGAGCGGGUGUUCAAAAGCUCCGCCCAGGUGAGUCUGUCGGAGGACUACCUGGAGUGCGUGGCCAAGCAGCAGGAGACGCUGCGGCCGUUUGGCGACGUGCCGAAGGACAUGAAGGCGAAGGUGACCAGGGCUUUUGUUACGGCCAGGUCCUUCAUCCAGGGGGCGACAGUCAGCGGAGAGGUCGUCAAGAAAGUCUCUCAGGUUCCUUUGAGCCAAGAGUGUAUGAGGGCCCUGAUGAAGCUGGUGUACUGCCCUCACUGUCGGGGCAUGGCGUCGGUCAAGCCCUGCUCCAGCUACUGCGCCAACGUCAUGAAGGGCUGCCUGGCUAACCAAGCCGACCUGGAUACAGAGUGGCAUAAUCUCAUAGAGACCAUGCUGAAAGUGGCUUACAGUUUUAGCACCGAGCCCAGUCUCGAUGUGGUUCUGUCCUCUAUCCCGCUCCGUAUCCUCGAAGCUGUAAAAUACAUGCAAGACAACAUGGAGUCUUUCACUGUGAAGGUGCACCAGACGUGUGGGAGUCCGGGCGAGGCCGAGACAGGAAGUCCCGCCCCCCAAGACCAGAGCAGGCAAAGCAACGCCCUGACUGCCGCCACAGAGUACAAACCCUCCCCCACCGCCGGUGUCAGACUGGAGAUGCAGGUGUCAGACCUCUCCAGUAAGUUGAGAGAGAUGCAGCAGUACUGGGUCCAGCUCCCUGCGGCACUCUGCAGUAAACUGGCAGCGGGGAGCUCCAGUCAGGACAAAUGCUGGAAUGGGAUUACAAAGGCCAGGUACCUUCCAGAGGUAAUGGGCGAUGGCUUGGCCAAUCAGAUCAACAACCCGGAGGUGGAGCUCGACAUCACCAAGCCAGACAUGACUAUUCGACAGCAGAUCAUGCUGCUCAAGAUCAUGAGCAACAGGCUGAAAAACGCGCUGGAUGGUAACGACGUGGACUUUCAGGACGCAAGUGAUGAUAUCAGCGGAUCAGGAAGCGGGACGUGUGUCGGCGGGCAGUGCUCUCGAAGCAGACCGGGGUGGUACGUCUACCCGCCAGACAACAACCGAGUCAGAGGCACCUCUGCCCCGCGCACCGGCCCCAGCUCUCUCCUGCUCAUCCUGCCGUGGCUUACCGCGCUGCGCCGGCGAUGAUGGACAGCUGUGGCCUCCAAUCAGACUGCGGAGUUCUGGUGCAGCGCUGAACCACGGUGAAGGACAAAGGGGACUGUGGAGGGAAUGAGAGUAAAGUUGCCAAAAAAAAAAAAACAACAAAAAAAAUCAUAAAAAAUAUUAAAGGACAUUGGGGGGUGUAAUGCAUUGACUAUAUUGUAUUUUGACCAGGACAGGCAAAAACGAACACGUUUUCUUCUUCUUUUGGGUAUGCUUGGAUUUAAUGUGUCGCUGUUUGGAUGUGGUUUUGGUGAUUUGAGCUGGUCCUUGACUUCCAACGAAUCCUUUUUUCCACCUUGGAGAAGAACAAAAGAGGGAGAA